CCCCCGGCGGCAGAGCUGCUGUGUGCCCGGAUUCCCCCUCCUCCUCCCCCUUCUCCUCAGCCGUCCCCAGACGUCAUCCUCUUCGUCACCGUCGUGAGAGAGAGAGCAGAGCGGCGGGCUGAGUGAAAAGCCCACUUUGUUAUUGUUGUCCCCGCUCCGCUUCUCCCUCCCCGGGGAGCAGCAACACGUCCGCAGCAGGUCAGAAUGUAUGUGCAAAAAGCAACAGACGAGGCACACCGUAGCUGAUCUCAAAUCCCGAACAUUGAAGAUGGAUAAGUGUAGACAUGUGGGUCGGCUGCGACUCGCCCAAGACCAUUCGAUACUGAACCCUCAAAAGUGGCAUUGUGUGGACUGUAACACUACAGAGUCAGUGUGGGCCUGCCUGAGCUGUUCACAUGUAGCAUGUGGGCGAUAUAUUGAAGAACAUGCACUGCAACACUUUCAGGAAAGUAAGCAUCCUAUAGCACUGGAAGUGAAUGAACUCUACGUUUUCUGUUACCUUUGCGAUGAUUAUGUUCUCAAUGACAAUGCCACUGGUGACCUUAAACUUUUACGUAGCACAUUAAGUGCAAUCAAAAGUCAAAACUAUGACUGCACAACACGCAGUGGUCGAACACUGCGAUCUAUGGUAGCUGUGGAUGACACAUAUACGUCACAUCAGUGUGCGAAAGCACUGCUCCAGAAUGAAGACCUCACAUUUACUGCCCUUUGGCAUAGAAGACAUGCGCUAUUGGGAAAAGUGUUUAGGUCUUGGUUUGCUUUGACUCCCAAAGGUAAACAGAGGAUGGAGGAAGAACGCCUCAUAGAAGAAACCGAACAAAGGAGGGAGGAAGCAAGGAAAAAGCGUCAGAUGCUAAAGCACAAAUUAAAGCAGGAGAUGGAAAGUACUCCACCACGUAAAAGCUCCCGCUUGCAAGAGCAGCUGCAAAGGGGGACAUCGCCACCACUGCAGCAAAAGCACCAAAAGCCAACCCCCUCCAUAAAACAAAAACCUUCAGGAUCUACCUCGGAAGACACUUGUAGGAAAAACAUAGGUGAUUCCCCAGUUAAAAAAAAAAACACCAUGACCCCUGGGGUGACAGGACUAAGGAACCUGGGGAACACUUGCUAUAUGAAUUCUAUUCUUCAGAUUUUGAGUCAUUUGCAUGUUUUCCGGGAAUGUUUCCUGCAGCUCGACCUAAAUCAAACUCAGGAGCUAUUAGCAGCUGCAGCCAAUGGAAAAACAAGAUCAUCCAGCCAAAUUCCCCUUGCUACAGACUUUACUAAAAUAACAAAAAAGCACAGUAAAGUGGAAAGGCUUUUGGUAAGGCGCCAAAGCUCCUCAUCUGGCCUCAGUGGUGGGGCAUCAAAAGGUAGAAAUAUGGAACUCAUUCAACCUAAACCCAGCUCAACGCACAUUUCCCUAUGCCACGAGUUGCAUACUCUCUUCCAAGUUAUGUGGUCUGGUAAGUGGGCACUAGUCUCCCCCUUUGCCAUGCUUCAUUCAGUGUGGAGAUUAAUCCCAGCCUUUCGUGGAUAUGCACAACAAGAUGCUCAGGAAUUUUUAUGUGAACUUUUGGAUAAAGUACAACAGGAACUGGAGACAACCGGGACUAGGUACCCAACCCUGGUUCCCAGCUCUGAGAAAAAACUCAUCAAACAGGUCCUGAAUGUAGUCAACACCAUUUUUCAUGGUCAGCUUCUCAGUCAGGUCACCUGUCUUGCCUGUGACAACAAGUCCAAUACAGUAGAGCCAUUUUGGGACUUAUCCUUGGAGUUUCCUGAGAGAUAUCAUUGCAAUGGAAAAGAGAGCGCCUCUCAUCGACCUUGUCUGCUGACCGAGAUGCUGGCUAAGUUCACAGAGACUGAGGCUUUAGAGGGGAAGAUCUACGCCUGUGACCAGUGCAACACCAAGCGCAGGAAGUUCUCCUCCAAACCAGUCAUCCUUACAGAAGCUCAGAAACAGCUGAUGGUAUGUCAGCUACCUCAAGUCUUGCGACUCCAUCUCAAGCGGUUCAGGUGGUCCGGUCGCAAUCAUCGUGAGAAAAUUGGAGUACACGUGCAGUUUGAUCAGAUGCUAAAUAUGAAGCCGUACUGUUGUAGAGAAUCUACUGCAGCCCUGAAAGCAGACCACUUUAUCUAUGACCUGUCUGCUGUGGUAAUGCAUCAUGGGAAAGGAUUUGGUUCUGGACAUUACACAGCGUUCUGCUACAACCCGGAAGGAGGAAUCUGGGUGCACUGCAAUGACUCUAAGCUGCAUGCAUGCACAGUGGACGAAGUCUGCAAGGCACAAGCUUACAUCCUGUUCUACACACAACGGGUCACUCAGGAGAAUGGACACCACUUGUCUAACAAACUUUCAGGUCACGGCACUCCGUCUGGUAGUCCACCUUCCACACCUUGCUGAGAUAACAUACUCCCAUGGAAAACUGAAACCACAAUGGCAGCUUCUGAUCUCAGUUCCCGGGGCCGUUGGUGUGUCUGCUUGUGUACAGUGUACAUUCUUUUCAUCCCAUCCAGCACAGACUUUAGUAGUGGCUGCUCAAGGUAUUGAACGUUGCUGUAUAAAUUUAAAGCUGAACUCCAGGCACAACAUAUUUCUCAAUCGCCACAAAGGAUAUAAAUCCACGCUGAAUGUGACC